AUGUUGCAGCCUGCAGCGAGAAGCGGCAGCUGCUGCUGCCCGGCGCCGCGCCGCAUGCACUCCUCCGCGCCCGCCUCCAUCGCGCUGGCGCACAACGUACGUAUCUGUAAUGUUGCAGCCUGCAGCGAGAAGCGGCAGCUGCUGCUGGCGCCGCGCCGCAUGCACUUCUUCGCGCCCGCCUCCAUCGCGCUGGCGCACAACGUACGUAUCUGUAAUGUUGCAGCCUGCAGCGAGAAGCGGCAGCAGCUGCUGGCGCCGCGCCGCAUGCACUUCUCCGCGCCCGCCUCCAUCGCGCUGGCGCACAACGGGGAGGGUGACAGCGGGGAGGCGAGCACGCCGGAGUGGGACAAGCACUCUUCAUCGUCAUUGAGCGAGGUGUCUGUAGCCUGCCUGCAGGACCGCAUCUUACAGAUGGAGGAGCACCACUACAGCACGAGCGAGGAGCUGCAGGCCACGCUGGCGGAACUGGCUGACCUGCAGGCGCAGCUGGCCGACGCGCACGCGGACAACGAGCGCCUGGCAGACGAGAAGCAGGUGCUGCUGGAAUCACUCUGCCGGCAGACCGAGAAGCUCGAGGACAGCCGCACCAAGGUGGACACGCUCCAGGAGCUGCUGCUGCGCGAGGGAGUGGAGCCCGAGGUGCUGGCGACCGGGGACCAGCACCAGCACCUCUUCGCAGUGCUCAAGACGUCCCAGGAGGAGCGCCGCGGCUUGCUGGCUAAGCUGGAGCAACUCGAAACCGAACUGAAGGAAACUAAGACUGCGCUAGAAGAAAAAACCAAAGAAAACGAGGCACUCGUUGAACGAAUUCGGUAA